GCUGAGCCAGCUGCAAGCUCUCUAUGCUUGGUGGGAGCUGGGGCCAGCAGGAAGAGUUGGCCUGAGCCACAACGUAGCUGCGUCCCAGGAGAGUGACAGAAGGGUGAAUGGGAGGCAGCUGGUGAGCAUCACCCAGGCCUUGCUGCCUCAAGGUGGGUGGGUGCAGGGGUGAAAUUGUGCUAACAAUGCAGGGAAAGGUAGGAGGGAACUGUGGGCUUUUACUGGGAUGCAGAAAUCAGGGACAGCUGACAGAUGGUGAUGGCUGUGUGCCAUGAAAUGCUGGAGCUUUUUGCUGCAGCAUCCCCUUCCUCAGCACUGGAGCACCAAGCCUACUCUCCCUGUGGGGUGCUGGGCACCAGGAAACGUGCACAGACCGCCCUGACUUGCUGCAUCAGUCAGCACAAUGCUGAGCACAGAAGUACCCCAAAAUGCUCUUGUCUCUGUGAGUGGCUUCUCCAAGGAGAAUAACAAGCUUGGGGACACUGAGCAGAGGCUGGAGGGGCUCAGUGCCCUGUGUCAGCUUCCUCUUAGAGGAAACAUUUGGUGGGGAAAAGGGCCUCGCUGGGGAGGGAGUUUUUAGCACUUUCUCCAAAGGGCCCUGCACACACCGCAAGCUUCCAUCCCAUGGCAGGAGCGAGUGCUGGGCUGCUAGCUGUGGGCCAGGAGCCGGAUGGACACAUGCCCUGCAGUGGGAUCCCUGCUCCCUUCGUCAUCACCCCCUCCUGAGCCACCGAGUUUGCUUUAAAGACCCCAGCUUCCUUUUAUUGCUUCCCCUCUCAGAUUGCAGCCGGCUGUGAGGGCUAUUUUUAGCGGCCUGCCUUCUAAAAAUAGCCCCAAGAUGUUUGGAGUUGCGUCAGGAGGGGAACCUCUCCUCCACACGCCAGCUUGGCCCCUGCGCCCCUGCAGGCUACAAAAGGAGGCCAGGAGCAGCGGGGUCAGCAGGUUCAGACGCAGCCAGAGGCAAAGGCGGCAAGAAGCGCGCUGCCAGCUCCAGGCAUCCCAGCGCCGGCACCAUGACCAUCUUCUGCAGCCACUGCCACAGGCCGCUGCAGGCAGAGACGAGCUGCCUGCCCAGGAGGGCUGAGCAGGCGCACGGUGCCUCCAAGCCGUUGAGGUCAACCAAGAGUGCCUCCAAGGCACGUCGGGACCAGAUCAAUGCGGAGCUGCAAGCACUGCGCUCUCUGCUGCCCAUCUCCACGCAGGAGAAGGAGCGGCUCUCCUACCUCCACACCAUGGCCCUGGUGUGCCUCCAGCUUCGGGGAGCUCACCUCUUCCCUCCAGCCUCAGCUCCUCCCUCAGGACCGGUCCUUGCUGCGGAGCUGCUCUCCUUGCUGCCAGGGUUUCUGCUUGUGCUCUCAGCCGGUGGCAAGCUGGUCUACAUCUCUGAGAACGUGUCUCAGAUCCUGGGUCUCUCUAUGGUGGAGCUUCUUGCUCACGGGGACACCAUCUUUGACAUCAUGGAUGGGCAAGCAUGGGAGGACGUGCACAAGAAGCUUCUCCUUGCCCAGCAGCAGCCAGGCAGGGAAAUCACCUUUGUCAGUGAGAUGCGUACAUCCAAGGCCUUCCGGCUGCAGCACGGGGGAAAUCAGGCUGUGGCAGUACGUGGGCGCUUUGUGGUCCCACGCUGGCCGGCCUCCCCCUCCACCACAGCCUUCCUGGCCCUCUGCACCCCGGUUGCACAGCUGGAUGCAGAUCAUGACGCUGAUUCUCAGGACAACCUGUUUCAGAGCACACAUGCCCUAGACAUGAGGUUUAUGGAUGUCACAGAGAGUGCCAUCUACCACCUCGGCUACCUCAGGGAGGAACUGAUUGGCCAGUCAUGGUACAGCCUCCUGCAUCCUGAAGAUGCUGAUGUAGCAGCCACUCAGCACAGGGCUGUGGGUGAGUAUUAUGCCCACACUCACACACCUGACCGCCGUCUGCAGCUUCCGACUCGCUGGGGCUGCGGCCGCAUCGGGGCCACCGAGGCCCGCCCCGGCAGCGAGGCCAGCUGCGCCCCGCCACCCUCUGACCCUGCCGCUUCCCUGCAGCGCUGGGUGCCGGGGCCGCGCCGGGGCCCGUCGUGCUGCGCGUGCUCCGCAGGGACCGCACCUGGGCCUGGCUCCGCGUGUCGGCGCGGCGCGGGGGCCGCUGCAUCACCUGCACCGGCCGCAGCCUCAGGUGAGGGUUCGGGGAGGGAGGAGGCCGGGGGGACGCGGGGGCCGAGCCCGACGGCCGCCAUCGGCUCCCGGUCCCCGCGCGCCGCCCCUCACAGCUGCGUUCCGCUACUCAGGGAGGAGGAGGCGCUCUACUUGCGCGCCCGGCAGUGCGGCCCGCCGCCGCUCUACCCAGCCCCAGCCCCAGCGCCGCCGCCUGCCGCCUCCUCGCCGGAAGAGGGGCUCGGUCUGCUGGCCGCACAGCUCCGCGCCCUGGCCGACAGCCUCUCGCCGCCCGCCGCCUACACCGGGACGGAGGCCUGUUCCUACGGCCGGCCGCAGCCGGACGCCGCCUUGGCGCUAGCCCGUCUCCUAGGCGACGCGCUGGAAGCUUCCGGGUCGCACACGACGCAUGCGCGCGGCGCGCCGCUCCUCCACCAAUAA